AUUUUAAUAUAUUACUUCCAUUCGAAUAUAUUAUCUCCAUUACAAUCUAUUCUAUAAAGUGCAGUGUGGAAAUUUCUUCAAGUGCCAGGUGCAAAAAAUAAUUCAGGAUUCCACGCAUACACCAUAAAUUAUUCAAGACAAAAGAUCCUCAUUUCAUUUGAAUAUUAAAAUGUCAAGGGCAAUAGCGAAUUUGAAAAAUUUUGAGGAUUCAUUAAGUUCAUUUCAUGGUAAUGUCAAUGGAACUCGAGGACGAAGGCGAAAUAGUCUCGCCGCCAAUCUUCACGCAAAUCACGUAAUUUUCGGAGGUUCGUCAAAUUCUGAUGUUAUGGAAUUUGCACGCCGAAGAUUGAGUAAUGUAAGCGAUGUUGUUUCGAGAAAAUUAUCUCGUACAAUUGGAUGGAAACCUAUUUUUGCUCCCGUUGAAGAGACCGUCUCACAAAGUUCGGCUCUCUGCGCUCAGUACAUUCGGAAUCGAUUAAAGAGAUCAGGAAUUUAUCAUCGAAAAUUGGGUCUGAAACGAAUGAGAAGUUCAACAUUAUUGCCGGACAUAACAAUUGUCAAGGAGGCUUGUCCAGUGCUCAUUGCAGUUGGAACUGAAUUAGAGAAGGAGCAUCCGAAUAUUUAUGUGAAAAUUGGAAGACAAGUGGGAUGCGGAUGUUUUUCCGAUUAUUCGGUAGGUAAUACAAUGACUCACGUAUCGCGAGAAAUUAUUCGUCACGACAUCACUUGGAGUAAAAUUAUUGCAAUCUACGCGGUUGCUGGUGGCAUUUCUGUGGAUUGUGUUCGACAAGGAAAACCCGAAUUUCUUCCCAUUAUUCAUAAAGUGGUUGCGAAUAUUGUCGAAAAAGAUCUCGCCCUUUGGAUUGAAACAAGCGGAGGAUGGGUAAAUAUAGCUUUUGAAUUAAAUUUCUUCCUUGAAAAAGUUGUAAUAAUAUUUAAAAUCUCUUUCAUUUCUAGAGUGCUUUUGUAUCUCGAUAUAGAUUACCUCCAAAAACGUCAGAAUGGAAUGCCAAAAAGCUUACCUUCAUUGCUUCAGUAAUUACUCCGAUUUUCAUUGUUUUGUGGAUUUUUCUAAGACUUCUAUUAUAUUGACUUCUAUUUCAAUAUAUUAAAUGCAUUUUAAUAUAUUACUUCCAUUCGAAUAUAUUAUCUCCAUUACAAUCUAUUCUAUAAAGUGCAGUGUGGAAAUUUCUUCAAGUGCCAGGUGCAAAAAAUAAUUCAGGAUUCCACGCAUACACCAUAAAUUAUUCAAGGCCUCGGGUCGACUUUAAGGCGCAAAAUGUUCAAAACGUUGAAAGAUCAACUCCUCGAAUAUUCAAAACUUGAAAAAUCCAAAAUGUCGAAAUUUUAACUCCCUGAAUGUUCAAAAACUAGAAUAUUCUUUAAAACCUCGAAAGAUCAAUUUCGAAUGCUCAAAAUCUAAAAAAUUAAAAUCCUCGAAAGUUCAACUUCCCGAAUGUUCAAAACAUCGAAUAUUGAAAGUAAAACGUUGAAAAAAGAAAGUAAUAAAUAAUAAUCAAAAUA